AUGCCUCGUCCAAUCGUUUUCUCCGGUCCCAGCGGUGCUGGGAAGUCGACGCUUUUGAAAAAGCUGUUCAAAGAGUUCCCUGGCAAGUUUGGGUUUUCCGUGUCAUCGACAACGCGGAGUCCUAGACAGGGCGAGAUCGACGGAAAGGACUACAAUUUCGUCACAGUCGAAGAGUUCCAGAAGAUGAUCCGCGAGAACAAGUUUGUCGAGUGGGCGCAGUUCUCUGGCAACUACUACGGCACUACGAUCGCGUCGGUGAAGCAGGUGAGCGAUGCGGGUAAGUGGUGUAUCUUGGACAUCGACAUGCAAGGUGUCAAGUCCGUCAAGCAGACGGACUUGAACGCGCGUUACGUAUUCAUCGCACCACCUUCCGUCAACGCUCUGCGCGAGAGACUAACCGGUAGAGGCACCGAGACCGAGAGCUCGUUGGCCAAGAGACUUGCGGCCGCCGCCGCAGAGCUCGAGUAUGCCGAGACCGGUGCCCACGACAAGACUAUCGUCAACGACGACCUCGACAAAGCCUACGGCGAGCUCAAGAGCUUUGUUUUCGAAGAACAAUAG